GCGAACAUGGUUCCAUCACAUCUGCACCGACACCGGCUGGAUGCUUGGAACAUUGACGGCCAGGAGACACUGACCACAGUCUGAGAAACACAAUGAAGCUGAAGCCUUUACUGAAGAAGCUGGCCUCGGCCACCCGUGCUAUCUUCACCUUCCUGUUUGCUCUCGUGGUCCUGGGUGUGAUGGUUUGGGCCUACAUUGAUGGUUUCCAGUUGGCGACCUCGCCGUAUGGAAUCAUCUCCUUUGGCUUCUAUGGACUUCUUCUUUCUCUGCAUGUGUUAAUCCAGAGCCUGUUUGCCUUCAUCGAACACCGACGGAUGAACGCCCGUAAAAAGCCGUGCUCUUUCACUAAAACCAUCGGCUUCACGAUAUCGGCCUACCAGGAGGACCCUGAAUAUCUGAGGGAGUGCCUCAACUCCAUCAGGGCGCUCAAGUACCCGCCGGAGCUGCUGCGCAUCAUCAUGGUGGUGGAUGGGAACACAGACGAUGAUCUGUACAUGAUGGAGAUGUUCAGGGAGGUGUUCACAGACCAGGACCCAGGCUGCUACGUAUGGAAGAACAACUACCACUCGUGGAAUCCCAUGCAGGAUGUGGAGAAGGCCACAGCUGACGGUCCACUAGUAGAAGGUGGUGACUGUGUUAUAGAAGAAGAUCCUCAGAUGAAAGAGGUGGAGCAUCUGAUCCAAACCAAGAGAUGUGUGUGCAUCAUGCAGAAAUGGGGCGGGAAGAGGGAAGUGAUGUACACAGCAUUCAAAGCUCUGGGAUCGUCAGUCGACUACAUUCAGGUGUGCGACUCGGACACCAAGCUGGACUCCUUGGCCACGGUGGAGCUGUGCAAGGUGCUGGAGAGCAACACCAAGUACGGUGCCGUGGGCGGAGACGUGAUGAUCCUCAACAUGCAGGAUUCCUACAUCAGCUUCAUGAGCAGUCUGAGAUACUGGAUGGCCUUCAACAUCGAGAGGUCCUGUCAGUCCUUCUUCAACUGUGUCUCCUGCAUCAGCGGCCCUCUGGGUCUGUACAGGAACGACAUUCUCCAGCAGUUUCUGGAGUCUUGGUACAAUCAGAAGUUUCUAGGAACUCACUGCACGUUCGGUGAUGACAGACAUCUCACCAACAGGAUGCUGAGCAUGGGAUAUGCCACGAAAUACACAGCUCGCUCCAAAUGCUACACAGAGACACCUGCACAGUUCCUGCGCUGGCUCAACCAACAGACACGUUGGACCAAGUCCUACUUUCGUGAGUGGCUGUACAACGCCAUGUGGUGGCACAAGCACCACCUGUGGAUGACCUACGAGUCCAUCGUCUCAGGUAUCUUCCCCUUCUUUGUCACUGCCACCAUCAUCCAACUGUUCUGGACCGGCUCUCUGUGGGACAUCCUGUGGGUCCUGUGCUGCAUCCAGCUGAUUGGGCUGGUGAAGGCAGCGUACGCCUGCAUUCUGCGCAGAGACGUCGUGAUGGUGUUCAUGUCGCUCUACUCGGCUCUGUACAUGACCAGCCUGCUGCCGGCCAAAUACUUUGCCAUAAUAACCAUGAACAAAAGCAGCUGGGGGACGUCAGGCAGGAAGAAGAUCGUGGGGAACUACAUGCCCCUGCUCCCCCUGUCAGUGUGGGCGGCCAUUUUAUUGGGAGGACUCGUUUACACAAUCUACAAGGAAAGUCAGCUGGACUGGUUAACCCCCGCGAAGCUGGAGGAAACAAAGUUUCUGGUUUUUGGACUGGUGGCCUACAUCUGCUACUGGCUGUUCAUGGUGUUCCUCUACUGGGUGUGGUUCCGCAGGUUAUGUAGAAAACGUUCACAAACCUACUCAGUGACUGUCUAGAUCAGGGUUGUCAAACAUAUGGCCCGUGGGCCAAAACUGGGCCACUAGGGGGUUCAAUCAAGGCCUCGCCUGACAAAAUGCACAAACACGUCACGUUGGUGAUGUUUUGUCAAAUUAUUUACCAUAAACUACUACUUAUUUCCAGAAAAACAAAGGAAAACAUGGACUUACUGUUAUUUAUAAGUAAUUAUGUUAUGAUUGUAUUGGUCCGGCCCUGUUGACAUCUACUCAGGCUGUAUGUGGCCGCUGAACCAAAAUGAGUUUGACACGUGUGGUCUACAUCAAUCAUGUCAAGCACAAAAAAAGGGAAAGA